AUGUUUAAGCUUCUUUCCUUUGCUAACGCCCCGGCGGUGGUGCGAGCCAAUCAGAAGGACUCGUAUUUCGAGUCCAGCCUGCUGAAGCAGCUCACAGAGCUCGCCAAGGCCGUCAAGGGCACCCGGUUUGUCCACAAGUGUCCGGAGGAGUUGCGCACACUGGCCACGGCGUUGUACCUGUGCUUGACCACGCUGGUGGGGUCCAAGACGCUGGGCGAAGAGUACGUGGACCUGGUCUACGUGGGUCGCAACGGCAGACGAUUGCCGAAGUUUGUCUCGCGACUGGGGUUUAUCUUGGCCUAUACACUGUUCCCCUACGGAGUACGGAACCUGUUGCAGAAACUCAAGUCGGGCAAAGGCCGGCUGUCCGAGCUGGCCUCGAAACUGAACUACGUGAACCUUGUUGACUUGAUGAACCUGCACCUCGCAGUGUUUUACUUCUCGGGCAAGUACUACCAUUUCGCUAAAAGACUGUUUGGCCUGCGGUACGCUUUUGGCUACCGGGUCGACCAGAACCAACGCCAGGCCAGAGGCAAUUACGAGCUGCUUGGGUUACUGAUUGUCGCGCAAGUCGUGUUUAAGAACUACUCGAACUUGAAAGACUUUUGGGACAAACAAGAGACUGCCCCGGAAACUGGAGACCUCGUGUACGGCUACAGAGAGCAAAAAGAUCCGGUGAUCGAUCUCGCAGAUCCGGGAGUGUUGCCCUACAUCCCCGAGAACUCGCGCACAUGCAUGCUGUGCCUGUCGCUGAUGAAGGACCCGGCCUGCGGCGAGUGCGGCCACGUCUUUUGCUGGACGUGCAUUCACGACUGGGUCAAGGAGCGCAAAGAGUGCCCGCUAUGUCGGGCAGACAUGCGCGAGUCCCAGCUACUACCGCUUAGAUGA